AUGAAUAUUGAGGUUAAUUUAAUCAAGCACCACCAACAGAUGGAAGAAAUAGAACGUCCAGAAACCUCAAAAUGCUCACGUUAGUAGAACUAACUCAACAAAACCCUCACAAAUUUUCGUUAAAAAUAAGGGAUGGGUGGCGGUGGAGGUGGUGCUAAUGAAUAAUAACUGCAAACUACAAAUGCAAAUAUAAAUAGUGGAUAGCAAUAAUAUUCAAUAUAAAAAAACUAACCUUUACCUCCUUCAAUGAUUAAUAUUCCAAAUGCAAUUAUAUCUGAUAGAUAGCAGAGUAGGAGUGGAACUCGUUAGGGGAGAAAUAAUAACACCUCUUUUCAAACUACUGGAUAGGGAUUUUUUAAAGAAACAUUCUAUAGAGAUACUAACGUGAAUGGAAAUAGUAGCAGUAAUAACAAUAAUAACAGCAUGGUCUUUAAUAAUAGUAGCAACAGUAAUAACAAUGUGGCUGCUAAUAAUAAUAAAAUUAACAGCAAUAAUAAUAAUGCAAAAAAUAAUGCAACAGAUACAGAUGAAGGAAUUACUUUAGACAAAUAUUUUGGAUCUAAUUUUUAGGUAAUAAAUUUAGGAAUUAAUAAUGAAGAGAAACCUAACAAAUCAAUAAUUAGCGUUUAUGUAGGAAACUCAUAAGAUUAGGCUUAACAGAAUUCAAAAUUUAAUAAGAUUUAACCUAGUUUUGAAGAGAGCAAGUAAUAAAGUAGAUAGAAUAAGAUGAGUAAAGAAGAAUCAAAUGGAGGCGAAAGUAAUCAAAUCAAAACAAAAAGACCUUCAAAAAUUUAAGCAUAAUCCUCUUUUAUUGAAGAUAACUCUGGGGAGUAUAAAGAUUAUAUGGAAGAAGAGUUUGAAAUUCAUGAAACUGAUGAAGAAUAUUCAGAAUCAAAUCGCGAGUCAUAGGCCGAUUUAAAUGUUACUGAUGCUAAUUACGAAGACACAGUUUAAAAGACUAACAAGUCAAAGAGAAAGAGCAUAGAAGACAGAAAUAGAGACAAGUCUUAAAACAAUUAAGAUUAAUCUCUAACAAGCAAGAGUAUUAAGUAAUAUCUUAACACUCAAGAAUCAGGAGAUGAAAAAUAAAUUCACAUUCAAAAAAAGCUUAGAGAUAAAUACAGUAAAAAAAUGAGACAUAAACCAUUCAAUUCUACAACUCUACAAUCUCACUAGAACAGUAAUAACAACAAUUUAGAUACUUCAAACUAACCAUCCUCAACCACAAGCUCAAACUCUUAAAAGAACCAAACUAUCAAUUAAUAAAUUUAGUAAUAGUCUAUGAAUUAAUAAUAACAGUAACCUUAUUUAUUAUAGUACCAAAGUAGUAAUAACUCGAAUAACCAGCCUCUCCACGAUAACAACAAUUAUCAGACUUAUAAUAGUGGGAAAAGUAAGUAUUCUACAAACAAUACUUCUCAGUCAUACAAUACAAAUUACUCUACAAAUUUCAAUAGUAAUGUGACAGCUUCAGGAUAGAACGAAAGAGGAAGUCUAACAUUAAUUGAUGACUAAUCGUAAGUUAACAAGACAGAUUUUGAUUCAUUCAAUCCUAAAUCUGGACAAAAUAUUUAAAAUAGUAGUAAUAACAAUAUAUUCAAUUCUAAUAAUGUUAACAGCUAAUAAUAAUAAUAAGCUUAAAAGAAAUAUAAAAGUAAUAACGAUGAUUCUGUCCCUUAGUAUAAGACUUACAAUUAUUUUGCAGGAAACAGAAAAGAAAUAGGAGGCGGAAAAGAAUAAAAUUUAAAUAGUUCCUAUCUUAUGUAAAAAUAGCAGUAAUAACAAUCAUUCAAUCAUUCUACAAGCUUGAAUUAGACUGACAUUACUAUCAACAAUGAUUUACAGCCUCAAAAUUCAUCUUAAAUAGAUAAGGGAACUAAGAACUAUAACAUCAGAAAAAUCAACAAAUCACAAAGCCCGCCUGUACGAGAUCCAUUCCAACCUUUAAUAACUCAUUAAAGAAAUUUCUCAAGAGAUACGACUUAACUUUAAAAUUAGCAAUCAUUCUAGUUAAAUAAUUAAUAUAGUCAUAACAACAACAGCAGCAGUAGUAGUAGUAUGUAAAAUACAAUAAAUUAAGCUAGUUUGGCAAGUAAUAUGAAUAGCAUAAAUACUAACAAUAAUAAUUUAGCAAAAAACAAUAUCAGCAAUAUGAUGAAUAAUGUGAUUUAAUAAAACGGAGUAAAUAACUCUUAAAUUUUGAACUCAUAAAGUGGUGAAUCAUUCAAAUAAAAUAAUAAUAUUAGUACAUCAAUUUAACAAAAUAACUCUCAUAUAAAAGUAAUUAACAAUACAAAUAACAUAAAUUAAGGCAUGAUUAAUACAGGAAACAUUAAUGCAACGAUAUAAAAUCUACAAAGAAAAAGUAAAUAUGGUGAAUUUUUAGAUUCACAAUAGAAUAAUAAUGAUAAGUUAUCUGAAAUGCAAAAAUAAUUUAGGACAUCUUUUUACCAUGUGAAAUAGCAAUCUAUGUAGCAUUAAAAUUAAUAAUAAAAUUAAAAUUAAACUAAUGAGGUGAAUAACUUUACUUAAACAUCUACUUCAUUUGCAAAUGUUAUUGCUGCUGCUAAUGGAAUCCAGGGCUUUUCUAAUGGUUAAAAUCCCAUUUUAGCUCCACUAAACUCUUUACCAACUAAUAACAGUUACUAUAAUGGUACUUCAAAAAAUAGAUUAACUUUGAAUGAAUUUUACAAGCACUAAUCAAAAUAUGAAGAUUACGGAUAGCCAAGUGGACCUCCUAAUAUAAAUUAAUACGAAGAAUUAAUAGCAGAUAAUUUAAUGAGAAGGACAGCCAAAGAAAAUAAAUUUUUAAACCAAAAAGAAAAACUCAAUGAAUUAAUAAAGUAAGAAGACAUAAAUUUUGUGACAAAAUAUGCAGCCAGAUUUAAUUUAAACAACGAUGAAUGUUAGUAGCUCAUUUAGACAGGUAAAUAGGAAAAAGUUUAAAUAAAAAAACGAAUGGAAACUCCACAUAAAGGAUUCAGAGGAGAUUUCCAGCAAGCCUAACAAAAGAAAAAACUAUCAGUUACUAAAGAGCCAAAACAUCCACCCCUUAAUAAUAAUAAUAAUAAUAACCCUACCUUAAUCAACAGACCAUAGAACGAUAACAACACCUAAUAUUAGUCAAAAGAAAGGAACAGUAAAUGA